AACCCUUGUAAACACUUUACGGCAGCUAUUUUAGCUUCUUUUUUUUUUUUUGAAGAUUUGCCUCUAUUAUUUUAUGAUUUUUUUAAAUAAAAAGUACAUUUAAUUUUAGAGAAUAGGUUUUUGAGAGAGGAGGAAGGCACUGAUCCGACAGCAAGUAGGAACGGCCGCCUCCCUCAUCAUUUCUGGGGUUUCUAAUCUCCAAUGGCGAAUCUCAUGCAAAGAUUCAUCAGGAACCAGUCCUGUUUAAGAGCAAUCCCGAGGCUUACCCCCAAUCUCAUACCACAUCAGAAGCCUUGCAUCAUCGAGUCUCUCUCUGAUCCAUUUCCUCUCACUAAUCCUGUGAUUACCUUCUCCGGGUCCGGAAUCAAACCCGAUGAAGCUCUGCGGUUUUACCCUAGCUUCCCAAUCGGAUACGGGCUUAACCCGAGCGUGGUUCAUGGUUCGGUGGUGGAGGAGAAAGAGAAGGAGGUGGUGAUUCACGCGGAUAGUGUGAAGAAGAAGAGGAAGAAGAAGAUGAACAAGCACAAGUUCCGCAAACUCAGGAAGAAACAAGGUCGCAAAUCUUAAGAAUUGAAUCUAUUGCACUGUUAUUUCUAGCUUCAAUAAAAUUGAAUUUUUGUGGUGUUCAAACUUCUCAAGAAACAGUUUGUUUUUAUUAAGAUGAUGGGAUUAGCCAA